CGAACACGAUCCCCCCAUCGCACAAAGGAGAAGGUUCGCAGUCAUAAUGGCUUUCUCUGAUGGUUCCCGCCGCGAAGCCUUCGUGCCCUCCUUUCUCUACUCGCCGGCGAUUAGAUCCUCCGGCCUCGAAUGGAUACUCUCGCGGAGCCAAAGCUCUCCAGUGGCGAAAGCAGCCCCCUCGAGCCGACCGCCCUCUCCCGCCGCUUUCCUCGCCGAAGCUCCGAGCGAGCCCGCAAAGAAAAUCGAGAUGUACAGCCCGGCCUUUUACGCCGCAUGUACCGCUGGAGGCAUCCUCAGCUGCGGUCUCACCCACACGGCCGUCACCCCUCUCGAUCUUGUUAAGUGCAACAUGCAGAUUGAUCCAGCGAAAUAUAAGAGCAUCACCUCUGGAUUUGGAGUUCUGCUAAAGGAGCAAGGGGCCAGGGGGUUUUUCAGAGGUUGGGUACCGACCUUAAUCGGUUACAGCGCUCAGGGAGCUUGCAAAUUUGGCUUUUACGAAUACUUCAAGAAAUAUUAUGCGGACAUUGCUGGGCCUGAGUAUGCAGCCAAAUAUAAGACGUUGAUUUAUCUUGCUGGUUCUGCAUCCGCCGAAUUCAUUGCCGAUAUAGCUCUCUGCCCGUUUGAGGCGGUUAAAGUGCGGGUCCAGACGCAACCGGGGUUUGCCCGUGGCAUGAGUGAUGGGUUCCCGAAGUUUGUCAAAUCUGAAGGUGCCUUGGGACUUUACAAAGGGCUUGUUCCGCUGUGGGGUCGUCAGAUUCCAUACACAAUGAUGAAAUUUGCUUCAUUUGAGACCAUAGUGGAGUUGCUAUACAAGAAUGUUAUUCCCACUCCAAAGGAUCAAUGCAGCAAGCCCUUUCAGCUUGGUGUGAGCUUUGCAGGUGGCUACAUUGCUGGGGUCUUCUGUGCUAUCGUAUCUCACCCAGCUGACAAUCUCGUCUCUUUCCUCAACAAUGCAAAGGGAGCUACAGUUGGUGAUGCUGUGAGUAAACUUGGAUUGUGGGGCCUUUUCACCCGUGGACUUCCGCUUAGGAUUGUCAUGAUCGGUACAUUGACUGGUGCACAAUGGGGAAUCUACGAUGCCUUCAAAGUUUUUGUCGGCCUGCCAACAACCGGUGGAGUUGCUCCUGCUCCUGCUCCUGUUGCUACACCUGAACUCGCCAAGUUGAGCAGCAGCUGAGCUGCUAAUUGGUUUGAUUCUUUUGCGGUAUUUCAUUAUGAGACUUCUAUGGAUGAGAUGACAAAAGCCCUUUUUGAUAUUGGGGUUUAUAACAUAUUAAACUUACCUUUUCGGGCUUAGUUCUUUCUGUAUUAUUGUUUUGAAGGGUGUUUUUGCUUUCAUCCUUCUAAUAAAGCGCAGAAACAAUUCCAUCUAUAUCAGCUGGAAGUAUAAAUGCCAUAUGCUGCCUCUGAUAUUAUUUGCUUCAUAACCGACCCCCUAUGUUGUUUU